AUGUUGACUGCAAGGUUGAAAGGGUUAUUUCAACCAUCAUCAUCAUCACUAAUAAAACUGUUCGGAUCAUCAUUGUUGAUCGGGAAGCAGAAUAUUCAUCAUCAUGCAACGAUAUCCAUCCACAACAACCACAACAAUUUAUUUGUUAGGCAUGAAAACAUCAAUUCCGAUCAACAGGCUCGGAAUUUUUCCAUCAUCCGCUCCACCACACGAAAAAGUAAUGCCGAACGAUUUUUAGAGACAGAAUUAAUUAGGCAUGAUCAAAAGAAGAGAAUUAGUCAAGGUACAAAAACAAAUCCUGAAGCAACCGCCACACAAAAUGAUAAAUAUUUGACAAAUCCCGAAGCCUAUGCCAAGUUUUUAAAACUUAAUUUGAUGGGAGCCAUCGCCAAAGCUGCAAGUCACUUCUUAAAAUUCUCUGCUCCUACCGAAAUUCAGGAACAAGUCAUUCCAAAAGCUCUUAAAAAGAGUAACAUUGUAGCCAGUGCAGAGACAGGAACAGGAAAAACUGCUGCCUAUGGCUUUCCAUUACUCCAGAAAAUUAUUCAUGAGAAACUACGAGGUUCACAUACUACUCUUGCAGAAAGAGAAAUUGGUACUCUUGUACUUUGUCCAACCAAGGAAUUAUCGGAGCAAGUUUAUGAACAUUUAAAUAACUUUAAAAAGUACACAUUGGAAGUGUUGCAUGAUGAAGGAAAAAUUAAUGAUGAAGAGUUUGAUAUCAAAAUUGGAGUCAUCUUUGGAGGAGCUUCCAAAAUUUCUCAACUUAAAACCAUCAAACAAGGUCUGGAUAUUCUUGUAGCGACACCUGGAAGAUUGGUCGAAUUGCUCAAGACAAACAAUGGAUGUAACUUGAAAACUGUACGCUAUUUAGUUUUGGAUGAGUGUGAUCGAAUGUUGAACAUGGGAUUUUUACCUGAGCUCAAACGAAUUUACGAGAACCUUCCAAAACCUAAUGAAAGUGAAGAGCCCAUGCAAGUAUUGAUGUUUUCUGCCACCCUUACUAGAGAUGUUGAAGAUUUAGUGUGUAGAUUUGCUCCAACUCACAAAAUGAUUAAUCUCAAUCAAGAGUUCAAAAUUCCUGAAACAAUCAAACACAUCAAAUAUUUCGUGAGUAAGAAGGAAUUGAAAUUUAAACUAUUGCUCUAUCUUCUUGGCCGUAAAGGCUCUCUCAAGAAUAAGAAAGUCUUGGUUUUCUGUAGAACUCGAGACAAGGUCGAACGUUUGACCGAAAAUCUCACGAAAAGGGGAUACAAAGCAAUUGGAAUUCACAAGGAAAAGAGUUUAGCCUUCAGAACCAAAGCAAUCAAGUCGUUCUCUCUUCCUGACAAUAGUGAAUGCCAAAUUUUAGUUUCUACCGACGUGCUUGCAAGAGGUAUUGACGUUCCUGAUCUUCCAUUUGUCAUCAACUAUGAUGUACCAGCAAAACCUGAAGAUUAUGUUCAUCGUGUUGGAAGAACUGGACGAGCAGGUCAAGAAGGAAUGGCUUUUUCUUUCAUUGCUAAAGUUCCAAUCAUCACUCACGUAGGAGGUCGAUUGGUUGAGCUCAAUGAAGAGCACUUUAUCAAAACAGUGGAACAAUUUAUUUCACAACGAAUUGAAGAACGAAAAAUCCCAGGAAAAUGGCAAGAUAAAUACAUGGAUCAAUUAGAGAUUGAAAAAGAGAAAGUUGAAGCACUAUCUAAAAGGAAGGCCCUUGAAAUUUUGCAAAAAAAGACAAAACAAGGUCCAACUAAAAAAGAUGUACAAGAUGAGAAAAUGGUGGCCGCAUUUUCUGAGAGCUACAAUCGCCUCAAACAGAAAGUGGAACAAACGAAAACACUCACCUCAGAAGAUCUCAAAUAUGCUCCAACUCUUCGUCACUUUAAGGAAGGACGAUAUGAGGAUGUCAUGAAAGAAUUUGAAGUGAAGAGAGCCAUCAAAGAAGGUGCCAUUAAACGAGUGAAUACAAAUAGUAAGAAUAGAAAGAAGAAGAAAAAGAAGUUUAUUUAUCAGCUAUAA